CGGUGGGCCGGAAAACCGGUCCGAAGGGGCAUUGCAACUGUCAACAGUCCAAAUACCGGCGAUAGGACAAGUACACGGCACACGACGACGGUGAAGAAGAAGAAGAGGAAGAAGGAAGAAGGAAAGCAGGUGGGAGGAACCAUGCCAUCGACUUCCAUCUUCCAUGUGUCGUCCGUCUGUCCGUCUGUCUGUCUGUCUGUCUGUCUGUCUGUCUGUCUGUCUGUCUGUCGGGACAGCCCUGGCCAGGAGGAGCACUUCGGAACAAACAAGCGCCCCACCAUCCAGCCAUCCAUCCACUCUUCUCCACUAUACUUCACUAUACUCUACUCUUCUCCACUCUACUGUUUCUGCGUGCAUAGAGUACAUAAAGCUAGCAAUACUCGCCGUGGCUACGGUAGAUAUAGAGUAAGGGCAGCCCAUCACCCAUCGCCCACCACCCAUCACGUGAGCAUUAUACGGACCGGUGAACGAUAUUACAUAGAGUACUCUACAUACCACCCUUCCCCCCCUCCUUCCACCCUCCUUCCACCCUCCGCCCCAUCCAAGCAUCCAUCCUUUUGCCCAUCCCAUCCAUCCAUCCAUCUGCCCAGUAUCCCUCUUCCCCGAAUAAGGCCCCGAUGGUUGUGGGGGCGCACUCACGAGCAUGUACUCUAGGUAUAUGUUGUGCGAACACGUCUGCUCUACCCAGUUACCCCGCUGUCGCUGUCGCCGUCGCCGCUGGGCGAGCAGUUAA